UGUGCAGUUAUACACACGUUUACUUCAGCACGCUCUCAAAUCUAGCUCCUCCGUUAACCGAUUGAGCAGCUGCAAUUUAUCAAGAACUACACCACUAAGAAACGAUGGGAGGUGAACUGCUAGCUGCUGUGGCCGCCGGAGAGGCCAAGAUCGCUCGGCAAAACGCCGCGUCGGGGAAACCGGCGGGUGACGGCACUUCGCCGGCGUGUACCGAGCGGGUCUCGUGGCCCGUGGAAGAUCCGUCCGAAUUCAGGCCCGAGCUCGCACCGGGAGGACCUCUGGAAGACCUCGGAAAGCAAAAAGACGACUUUCGAGUUUACUACGAGGAGAGCGGCGAGAGGUUCGACAUCGUCCGGAAGACAUACGCCGAGAUGCACAAGAAUCAGACGAUGCAGUUUGGAAGAGAAAUGAGGGCGAAGUACAGCGGGGGAAAGGCCAAGAUGACUAUGAUGGAAGCUAUUUUCGCUCUCAAUAACCUCAUCGAUGAAUCGGAUCCUGACACUUCCGAGCCAAACUCCUUUCAUCUCUUCCAAACUGCCGAGAGGAUAAGACAAGUCCAUCCCGACAAAGACUGGUUCCAGCUGACGGGACUGAUCCACGAUGUGGGGAAGCUGCUGGCUCUGUGGGGGGAACCUCAGUGGGCCGCCGUGGGAGACACCUUCCCAGUCGGCUGUGCCUUUGCCAAGGAGUGCGUCUUCCCGGAGCAGUUUCAGGAGAAUCCCGAUUUCUCCCACCCUGUCUACAGGUCAGCUCUCUUCCCCAGUGCAACGCUGAGGUAUUGUGAAAGAGGAAAUGCUUCCAUCCACAGCACCAAGUAUGGAAUAUACCAGCCAAACUGUGGUCUGAACAACGUGAUGAUGUCAUUUGGACACGACGAGUACCUAUACCAGGCUCUGGUACGGAACGGCGCCACGCUACCACCGGCUGCUCUCUACAUCAUCCGGUUCCACUCGUUUUACCCGUGGCACACGGCCAAGGCCUACAACCACCUCUGCAGCGAAGAGGACCUCAACCAGCUGCCAUGGGUCCUGGAGUUCAAUAAGUUUGACCUGUACUCCAAGGCAGAUGUCGAACCAGAUGUGGAUGCUCUGGUACCCUACUACCAAACACUCAUUGAUAAGUACUGUCCCGGAAUCUUGGACUGGUAGCUUGGCUCCUCCCUCCCUCCCUCUCUUCCACCUAUAUACCCCUCUUCUCUUCAUGAACCGGGGCAGGUCCCCCUCCCUCCCUCUUCUCUCAAGAAGUUUGACCCUCUCAUUAUCACUUGUGUGUGAUAUAAAUUAUCAUCAUCAUCCCAUUGUUUCCGAUCUAUUUAACGUCAUGUUUUUAUGACCAACACCACACACACACACAUGCAGACCGUUACCACCAACUUCUUUUUGUCAAGUUAUUGUUAAGUGCAUCCCAGAAAUUUUGUCACAGAUCAAUAGUCACCAUUUUAUUAAUUGUCACAAUUUUCCGUGAUUUUUUAAAGAAGAAAUAUAUUUUUUCCGUGAAAAAAACGACAAACACUAAAUCUCCUAUGAUAGCAAGUGAUGACCUCUGCUAAAAUCUCAUCAUUUUUCCAGUUUCUUGAUUGGCUGAAUUAAUUUGUCUGUGUGGUGGGCCCGGGUGUGGUCAGCCCCGCCCACUGCCGACGCCACCCUUGUCUUGAAGAGAUCGAUCAGAGUGUGCUGUUCGCUUCUCUUCAGGCCCUGGGGAAAUGAGCAAUAGCGUGGCGAGAGGCAAUGCAGCUGCAAAAAAUGCACCAGAUAGCUCAGCAGUAAAGAGCGUUCUGCCUAAAUUAUGCAGUAAAGAGAGGCGUGUGUUGUCUUAGGCC